AUGGAAAACUCCUCUAGACACAGCUCCACAGUCACCGACAAUAAUCCUAGGACGUUGAGAGUUGGGUCGUGGAACAUAGGGACUUUGACAGGAAACUCGAUUGAGUUAGUGAAGAUUCUUAAGAAGCGGAAGAUCAAUAUCGCUUGUAUCCAGGAAACUAAAUGGUUAGGAACCAACACUAAGGAUGUAGACGGGUUAAAGUUGUGGUUCUCAAGAAAAUCGAGGAGUAGAAAUGGUGAAGGAAUUUUAGUGGAUAGAGACUUAAGGGACCAAGUGGUGGAGAUUAGGAGGGUGGACGAUAGGGUGAUGACCAUUAAUCUAGUUUUGGGAGGGAUAACUCUUAACGUAAUUAAUGCCUAUGCGCCGCAGGCGGGUUUGGAUAAGGAGGACAAGAGGCGUUUUUGGGAGGACUUGGACAAGGUUGUAAGAGGUAUCCCGCUGACCGAGAAACUUUUGAUAGGAGGAGAUUUUAAUGGUCACAUAGGGUCCUUCUCAAACAGGUAUGAUGAUAUACAUGGCAGUUUCGACUUUGGGGAUAGGGGUGAAGGAGGAGUCUCGCUUUUAGAUUUUGUGAAUGCUUUUGAGUUGGUCACCGCUAGCUCAAGCUUUCAGAAGAGGGAGCAGCACUUGGUGACUUUUCGUAGUGUGAUGGCUAAGACUCAGAUAGAUUACUUGCUUCUUCAGAAGGGUGACAGAGGUUUGUGUAAGGACUUCAAGGUUAUCCCGAGCGAGAAUAUUUCAACCCAACAUAAGCUUGUGGAUAUGGAUUUGGAGAUCAGGAAGAAGAAGAAGAAGAAAAGGGUUCAGUAUGACCAACCUAGGAUUAGAUGGGGAGGCAUGACUGGGGGCAAAGCUCAGGAGAUUAGGAUGAAGUUAGUGGGUAUGGGGGCUUGGGGGAGUAGUGGAGAUACAAAUAGUAUGUGGGCUAGAACAGCUGGCUGCAUCAGGGAAGCAGCUAGAGAGGUGUUAGGGGUCUCGAAGGGUUGCACUAGUAGGCAUCAAGGGGAUUGGUGA